AUGGCAGUGGUGGCCCAAGGCUUCUAUCCACGGGAGUUGGAUCCACGGCUACCACUCCAAGGUUUGAUCCAACGAGCACGUGCCAAGCAGGAGAAGGCCAUGGCCGAGAUGAAAUUGGAAGAUGCGAUGCAGCAUGUGGCGCAGUGCCCAUUGGACAACAUUAUUCAGAUACAGCAGUGCAUCAAUAUGCUGCAGGAUGCCAUGCAAAAAGGCGAAGAGACAGGCGCCAAUCCAGUGCUCAUGUUCGCAGUUGAGGAGCUCUUGACAGAUUUGCGUGGCCGGAAGGCACGACAUGAUGAGUUCCACUCUGAGAGGAUUGCUGCGUGGCAUCAUCUCCAACAAUCCUGCAUCCAACUACACAACAGCGCUUCGGCAGCGCUCAAGGAGCGGAAGGCUCUACAAGCAGCAUUCCAAGAGAGGAGCCCGAAAGUGCCGAGUGGCUACAAGGAAGAAUUGCCAGUACCAAGUUGCUCCGUCAGCAAGAGUUUGCAAGUUUCUUUGGGUCACUUUUUGGAGCUCGGCCUCAAUUCCACUGAUGAUAUUCAGGCGGAGACUGAAAACCUACUGGAGCUGCUCAUUUCUGUGGCUGGUCUGAAAGAUUUCUUCCAGCUUCCACCACCUACGGAUGUCUUCCAGCUAAAUGAUCGGCAAGUAGAUUUGGCCAGCAUUUAUCCCAACUUCAAGGAGUUCGCUGACGUUGCAUCACCCCCAAUAGGUCCGAUCCCUGGAUUGCUGAAGGAUUGCGUUCGUGACUUUCAGAAGCUCUUAGACACCUGGGCCAAGCUUGUUGCAGAGGCGAUGCCAAGAGGCCUUCUUCAGGCCAUUCUUUCAGGUUCAAGCGACCUGGUUGCCGCUUGCUUGUAUGUUUGUGUGGACAAGCCUGCGGUCUUUGCGCAAGUCAGAGACGAGCGAACUGGCGCUGGAGCUGUCCAUGUCGCUGCAGCCGAGGGGCAUACCACCAUCAUCAAGGUCUUGGUGGAGAACGGUGCUGAUGUGCACGAGGUCAGCCUCAAUGGGCAAUCAGCCUUGGAUGUUGCCAUAGAAACACUUCAGAAGCAAGCUAUCGAUGUGGAUUUACAGUUGGCGGGCCGAUUGCAAGAGACGGUGGACUUGCUGCACAAUGAGUACAAAGUGAUCAGCUACGAUUACGUGAAAUAUAAAAAGCGCGGUGCCUGGUUCAAGCGACCAGAGACCAUGCUGAAGUGGCUCCGGAUCAAGCAACUGCUGGAACAUCACUUCGAGAAUCUGAAAAAGGCUUUCUUGGAGAUCGACACCAACCAUUCGGGUGGAAUUGUGAAAUACGAGUGGGAAGCAAUGUUUGGAGCAGAAGGUCAGGUCAAAGAUGCUUUAGCGGCUGCAGAUUUGGAGUCCAACGAUGUCUUUGGAAUGCUUGAUGGCUUGGACAUGGAGGGCAAGGACAUGGUGAUUACAAAAUCUGCCUUCGAACUGCUUGAUUUGCUUGAUUGGCACUUGACCUCAGACAUUUGGCAGGAUAUCUUGCUCAAGCCGCUGUUCGCAGGGGAGCCCAGCCAGUAG